GGAAAGGGACGCAGGCGUGUUGAGUUAGUGGCGCAGAAGCGGUUGGAGAGAGUGCGCGCGGGAUUGAUUGUUCGGAUCGUUUUAAAUAAUUUCAAUUAAACCGUCAGCAGCGGCGGCCGCAACCCGUGUUCCGUAUGGUGAGAAUGGCGGAUAAAGAGGUUUAUGACGACGCAGUGGAAGAGCGUGUGAUCAAUGAGGAAUAUAAAAUAUGGAAGAAGAAUACUCCAUUUCUCUAUGAUCUCGUCAUGACACAUGCAUUAGAAUGGCCAAGUCUUACUGUACAGUGGCUUCCUGAUGUUACCAGGCCUGAAGGAAAAGACUAUAGUGUUCAUCGUUUGGUGCUUGGGACGCAUACAUCUGAUGAACAGAAUCAUUUGGUCAUUGCAAGUGUUCAGAUCCCCAAUGAUGAUGCUCAGUUUGAUGCUUCUCAUUAUGAUAGUGAGAAGGGAGAAUUUGGAGGAUUUGGAUCUGUGAGUGGAAAAAUAGAAAUUGAAAUUAAAAUCAAUCAUGAAGGUGAAGUGAACAGAGCACGUUAUAUGCCACAGAAUCCGUGCAUUAUUGCCACUAAAACUCCUACCUCUGAUGUGCUUGUCUUUGACUAUACCAAGCAUCCAUCUAAGCCAGAUCCCAGUGGUGAAUGUAACCCUGAUCUUCGACUGCGUGGCCACCAAAAAGAAGGAUAUGGUCUCUCCUGGAACCCAAACCUAAGUGGACAUCUUCUCAGUGCUUCGGAUGAUCAUACUAUCUGUCUUUGGGACAUAAGUGCAGGCCCAAAAGAAGGAAAGAUAGUAGAUGCUAAAACAAUUUUUACAGGCCACACUGCAGUUGUAGAAGAUGUCUCCUGGCAUUUAUUGCACGAAUCUUUGUUUGGAUCUGUAGCUGAUGACCAGAAGCUAAUGAUCUGGGACACAAGGUCAAAUAAUACUUCAAAACCAAGCCAUUCCGUAGAUGCACACACAGCUGAAGUCAACUGUCUGUCCUUCAACCCAUACAGUGAAUUUAUCCUAGCAACUGGCUCUGCUGACAAGACGGUGGCAUUAUGGGACCUUCGAAAUCUAAAAUUAAAGCUCCACUCCUUUGAGUCUCACAAGGAUGAGAUCUUUCAGGUGCAGUGGUCUCCACACAAUGAAACUAUCCUUGCUUCCAGCGGUACUGAUCGUCGCCUCAAUGUUUGGGAUUUAAGUAAAAUUGGCGAGGAGCAAUCAGCUGAAGAUGCAGAGGAUGGACCUCCAGAACUACUGUUUAUUCAUGGAGGACAUACUGCAAAAAUUUCUGAUUUCUCCUGGAAUCCAAAUGAGCCAUGGGUAAUCUGUUCUGUAUCAGAAGACAAUAUUAUGCAAGUUUGGCAGAUGGCUGAGAAUAUUUACAAUGAUGAAGAACCUGAUACACCUGCAUCUGAACUUGAGAGCCAAGGAUCAUAAACCCCAUUUGACACCACCCUUUUUUUUUAUAAAACAUGUCUAAAAUUGAAUUAGACUGGUAAUCCUAACAACCAUUUUCCAAGCAACCUUUUUCCACUGGAGUGCUGAGGCUUGUAUAUAAAAAGCACUUACGCAAAUUCUGACGUGCAACUCCUUGCUUUUCCGUGGGUGGUGUACAGAAAUUUGGAAGUGUUUUGAGAAUGCAGUGCCUAAUUUAUAUGGUAGUAUGUAUUCCUUUUAGUAUGUAUAAAAGUUUAUUGAUAGCUGCUUAAGCACAAAUGUGUACACUUCUGUGUUGCGGUGUUACGUAAUAUACAGUUUGACCCUGGAAUGUGAUUGGCAGUAGGGGCACUAAUUCAGUGUGCAUGUAAUUUGGUUCCAGUGGAAGAGUUAAAAUUGCUGAAAUCUCUGUAAAGCAAUAUUGUCUUUCAACUCAAAAGCUGAAGAGUAUUUUUUUAAAAUUCAAUGUACAUAUUUUGACAUAUGAAAUUCUUUUGGUUUACUUCUGCCUAACUCCCUCCAACCCACCAACAUACACUUACACUAUAGUGUUUCAAAGUACCAUUGAUUUUCUAGCUUAUUCUGAAAGCACGUAACAACAUGCCCACAAGUUUGAAAUAACUCGAAAUUAUUGCAUAUAAAAAUAUGCAUUUUGAUUUACAUUUUAUAAUCUAGCAUAAGGUGAUGAAAUGCUGCUGCAGUCUUCAGUAGUUGAGAGCUAACUUUCUUUAAUGUGGUGGUUUUCUUACACUCCCUUGCAGCUCACAUAUGUGUACAACUAAGAAUUCCGGUAGAUAUUUGCUUCUGUGUUUUCCUUUGUUAAACAACUGCAUCUGUGCACGUUAUAGACUAGGAAUAUAUAAACAAUAAACCUUUUGUAAUAAUUUUCAAUUUAGCUUUCUUCUUAACAUCUAAACAUCAAAGUUAGAAACUGAUCAACCACUAAUCAUAUGAAAAGUUAAUUUACAGUUUGAUUUUGUAAAUCUUGUGAAUGAAAUUUAUAGUCACACAUCCAAGUAGAAAUUAACAAAUGCUGCUCUGGUGUUUUCAGUUUUUCUCUAUCUCCUCCCACUCCCACAGCUUCUGCUGUAAAAUGCUAAUUAAGUGGAUACCUAUUCACAUAGUGUAAAUAGUAGGACGUAUAGCCUGUCAAACCUGCUCAACCAUUUAACAUGAUCAUGGCUGAUCUUUCUGCCUUUUCCACAGCUUUGAUUCUCAGUCUAAAAAUCUGUUACCUUCAAUCUUCAAUUAGAACACUUCUUCAUCCAAAAGGAUCUAUUGCCUUAUCCCAAGACUUUGUCUCUGUUCUAGAUUCUCAAGAAAGGAGAAUUUUUCUUUCCUUAUCAAGUCCCUUCAGUAUCUUUUUAAUGUAUGGUGUACAGUCUGGUCACCGCACUAACAGAAGGAUGUGGAUGCUUUGGAGAGUACAGAAAGAAUUUACCAGGAUGUUACCCUGGUAUGAGAGAUUUUGGCUAUGAAGAAAGGUUGGAUAGACUGGGUUGGCUUUCACUGUAAUGCAGGUGGUUGAGGGGUGGCCUAAUGGAAGUUUGUAAGAUUGUGAAUGCCGUGGUAGUGGAAAAUGUUGAGGUGUUUUCUGGGGUGGAGGGGUCAGUUAUUUGGAGACAAUAGGUUGAAGAUACCAGGUGGGGGGGGGGUGUGUGUCUGUGGAGUUUAAGAUGUGAGGCACAUUUUUCCACACAAAGGUGGUGAGUACCUGAAAUACGCUGUUGAUGGUGGUGGAAGAAGCAGAGACAAUAGCACUAUUCAGGAAGCACCUAGACAGACAGGUAUGUGACUAGGAAGGGAAUAGAGGGAUACAGAUCCUGUAAGUAAAGCCAGCUUAGUAUGGAAGAACAAAAUGUGGUGGCACAGGGCUGGAGGGCCCGUUCCUGUGCUACGGUGUCCUUUGAGGUCAUCUCCUUUUUUUUUAUGAACUCUACAACUUCAUGAAUGAAUUUUUUGAUCACUGAACAACAGUUACUUGAUUUCAUGACCUUGGAGGUGGAGCAGAAAGGUAAGACAGCACAACUUAAAUUAUGUACACCCAUCACUUUUUCAAGGAUUAUUACUCAAGAUCUGUCCACAUUUAUAUGGAAACAUCAACCACCAGUGAUGCUAAAUUAGCAGAAAUAGAAAGUUGCAAUUUCAGUACAGAAAGAAUGUCUAGUAAUAGUCUUUGUUCACCAGUAAUUUAUUUGUGAUAUCUGAGGUAUGAUCAAUGGGCUGAAACUGAGGAUGGAUACUGUGUAGGAUGUCAGUUUAUUUGCAAAAUUGAUAAUGGAAAGAAUCUUGUACUAUCACCAUUUUAGUAAUAUAAAUGAGAUGUGCUUCUGAAA